AUGCCUCAGUUACGAUCAUCGUCGUCAAUGUCACCACCAUUGACAUCAUUGACCAACAAAGUUGGAAAGAGAUGGAAGGAAUACCAAGGAAUGAACAAUUGGAACGGUUUGUUAGACCCCUUGGACGAGAACCUUCGCGCCGAGAUUCUCCGCUAUGGCCAAUUUGUUGAGGCCGCUUAUAAGUCCUUCGAAUUCGACCCUUCUUCCCCUAACUACGCCAGAUGCAAGUUCCCAAAAAGCAAACACUUGGAAAGGUGCGGAUUACACAACACCGGUUACAAGGUAACCAAGCACCUACGUGCAACCUCGGGGAUCAAACUACCUACCUGGGUGGACAAAGCUCCGAGUUGGGUGGCAACACAAUCAAGCUACAUUGGGUACGUAGCAGUGUGUCACAACAAAGAGGAGAUCAAACGACUGGGUCGAAGAGACAUUGUUGUCGCAUUCAGAGGUACCACCACAUGUCUUGAGUGGCUCGAAAAUCUUCGAGCCACUCUGAAUAACGUGGUUCAAUCUACCGCAAAUGGGAUUACGUCGGCAGAGCCAUGCAGUGUGGAAGAAAAUGGAGCUAUGGUGGAAAGUGGGUUUCUGAGUUUGUACACGUCAAAGCUGAGUGACAACCCUUCGUUUAUGAGCUUGCAAGAUAUGGUGAGAAAAGAGAUUGCCCGAAUCCUUAAAACUUACGAAGGAGAAAACUUGAGUUUGACCAUUACUGGGCAUAGUUUGGGGGCGGCAUUGGCAACCCUAACCGCGUAUGACAUAAGAAACAGUUUUCUCCGGCCACCGCAUGUGACGGUGAUCUCCUUCGGCGGCCCCCGCAUCGGCAACCGGAGCUUUCGUCGGCGGCUGGAGGAGCAAGGGACUAAGGUGUUGCGGAUAGUGAACUCGGAUGAUGUUAUAACCAAGAUACCAGGAUUUGUGUUUGAUGAGGUGGACAAAAAGGAAGGUGACGUGGAGGAAAAUGGAGGUGAACAAGUGGCUAGUUUUCAGAGAUGGAUGCGUAGGCGCGUGGAAGAGAUUCAGUGGCUGUUGUACUCGGAGAUCGGGGAGGAGCUUCGGCUUUGUAGCAGGGAUUCUCCAUACCUUAGAGGAAUUAACAUUGUAACUUGUCACGAUUUGAACAUCUAUCUGCAUCUUGUUGACGGCUUUGUCAGUUCUACAUGUCCCUUUAGAGCCACUGCUAAGAGGUUUCUCCGCCAUUAAACUUUUACACAUUUUCUCUUAGAAUGACUCUGUAAA